AACAGCGUGACCAUAGACUGAUCAGUCUCGCAGUUACUAUUGAGAGAAGCAGUCGCAAUUAAAAAUAGUCGUUCUACGGAAGUUUCUUGAUUCAUUCAGCGUCGUUCAGUCCUCUUCAAGAGCGAAGAUGAUCAUCAGUCUAUUGCUCUUGACCCUCAUAUUCCUGAUAGUUCUCUAUGUCUGUCUAACAAAAAAUUCUAAAUACUGGCAAAAACGUGGAGUACCUUGCGCGGAUGGCGCAUUGCCGGGCGUUGGUCACCUCUGGGACGUCGUUACCAUGAAGAAAACUGUAUCCGAAUGCUGUCGCAAGAUUUACAAUGAAAAUCGGGAUCACAGUAUGGUGGGAUUCUACAACUUCACGACGCCCGUAUUGAUGGUUCGCGAGCCGGAGCUGGUGAAGACGGUGCUGCAGACGAGUUUUGGAAGCUUUCACGAUAAUGCUAUCAAGAUCAAUCCCAAGUUGGACCCACUUUUGGCGAACAAUCCCUUCUUCAUCUACGGUGACAAGUGGAUGGCUGCAAGAAAACGCUUGACGUACGCGUUCUCCAGUAUGCGAUUGAAAAUCCUGCUCGAAAGUGUCAAGCAAGUGUGCGAGACGUUAGAGCAGUACGUGAAUAAAAAGCUGGGCAAAAGCGGGAAAGUAGAAUUCGAGCUAAAGGAGUUGUUCGCCAAAUUCACCGCGCAAGUGGUAAGUGGCACUGGCUUUGGCGUGGACGGAUUGUGCUUCAACGACGAGAGAGCGAAAGAGUCGUUCUACGCGAUAGGCAAUUCCUUCCUCCAGCCAACCGCUUGGAACAACUUCAUUUUCUUGCUAGUAUUUCUUGUACCACCGUUAGCAGACAUCUUCCAAGUGGGGAUGGUACCAAAGAAGGCCGACCGUUUUUUUAGAGCGAUAAUUGUGGAUGUUAUCGAGCAAAGAAGAAAGGAGAGUAUACCUAGAAACGACUUCCUCCAGUUGAUGGUCGAUCUGGAACGAGCAGAGGGUGAGAAGUUUGACCUGGAAGUCCUCACGGCCCACACGGUGUCGUUUUUCAUCGACGGCUACGAGACCUCCAGCUCCGUUUUAAGCUACGUCGCCUUCAACUUGGCCAUUAAUCCAGAAGUGCAGGAAAAAUUACGUAAGGAGGCGAUAUCUGUGCUUAACAAAUACAACGGUAAACUCACUUAUGAAGCUUUGAGGGAGAUGACGUACAUGGAUCAGGUAAUAAGUGAGUCGCAGAGGAUAUUACCCACGGUGGGAUUCCUGAACAAGGUUUGCACGGAAGAGACCGAAUUGCGAGGGUCCGAUGGACUGGUUUGUCGCGUGGAACGUGGAACGCCCAUUCUGAUACCUAUCUACGGCUUGCACCACGAUCCUCGGUACUGGGAGGAUCCUAAAGUGUUCGAUCCUGACAGAUUUAGCCCGGAGAGAAAACAGAGCCUCGAGAGAUUUGCCUUUCUUCCUUUCGGCGAUGGACCGCGACAGUGCGUGGGAAUGAGAAUGGCUCUGUUGCAGAUAAAAGCAUGCUUGGCCACGUUCCUGAAGAACUACUCCUUAGAGCUCUCCCCGAAGACGCAAUUACCAUUAAAGAUAACGGGUAACACCUUCGUGACUGCUGCGGAGGGCGGUCUUUGGGCCAUCGUCCGGCCGAUUCAAGGAUGAGAUAUUUGUUCAGUUUUUUAAACAGAUUUUUUUCCCUUUUAUUACUUUCUUUACAAUUAUAUAGACUUUUGUAACUGUUGUUUUAAUUUCUGUAAGAUUAAUUUUUUAAAUAUUUUUUCAUGGUUUUUAAGUGAUACUUUGUGAUGUAAUAAAAAGGUAACAAGUAUUAACAAAACAUUAAAUUUACUAUAACGUAAAAAAUAUUUUAUAUAUUCAUAGAAUCAUAAACAUUUCGGUUUCUUCUUUUAGCUAAAGAUAUGAGAUUUAAUUUUUACUGUAAACAUUUUUUGUUUAACAUUAUACAUUCAGUAACGAAAAAGCUGAAUUAAUGUGGUUUACGUUAUUUUCCACCGCAUGUCUAGAUUAGAUAUUGUUGUAGUAAAAAUAAUAGGAACAAUGCAAUUUAGCAUAGAUAACAAUAACCAAGGAUACAUAACAAGGUCAGAUAAGAAUAACGAUUAUACAUGCGUCAUAUGGUGGGAUUAUGGCUGGCCAAAUGUUUCUGACGAUGAAAUAUUUGUAAAUUUAACUGCAAGAAGACUAAUUGACAAUCGGUAAUCACGUCGGAGCAAAUUUACCAAUGUAAAUAAAAUAAAAAUAUUUUUAUCUACCGGAA